AUGUUUAAUAAAGAAACAAUUGAAUCGUUGCCAUCCGAAGCCAAGAAAGAGCUGUCUAUGCUCGCAGAAAAGUGCAAAAAAGGAGAAAUAUCGGCAGGCGAGUACAAGAAGUUCUGCACCGAUAUUAUCAUGGAGCACAGAGAAGACGAAGAAGAAGCAGAGCAGAUGCACGAAGUAAGAAGGGGGCGGCCUUCUGUCAAAGACGAUCAGAAGCCAGAGUACAUGAGCGACAUCAUCCACUACGCUGGAGUGAACUUGAAGGAAGAAGCCCUGCACAUUGCAAAGGAGGCAGAGGACUAUUUGCCGCUGGAAGAUUCAAAGAACAAAGUGCACGACUACAAAAACACAGUGGACUCUUUGUUUGAUGUGCGAAUAUACGGUUAUUUUUUGGAAAAAAUAAGCAAGCUGAGAGACAUAGGAAUAAGCGAUGACGCUUCCCAGCUGAUCUUCCAGGCUGCAAAGAGAAAAAUAUUUGGCUUAUUGGAGAAAAUGAUCCAGCAGAGCAAAAUAAGAAUGGACAUAUCGAGAAACGACUUCCUGAUACGGAUAGAAAACGACAGAAGGCGGCAGAUGUGGUUUUUAGAGCAGGAGGAAAAGCUAGAGAUGGACAAGUACAGACAAAAGAAAGAAGGCGACGAAGCAGAAGGAAAGAAAAAGUGGAGAAAAGCCCUGCAGGACAGAGAAGACCUGAUCAUAAAGAAAAGGCUGAGCAACAAUGUGGCGCUGGCCGCGCUUGGAAGCCAGCCAAAGAGCUGGAUGUCGGCAGGCGCGCAGAGCACAGACGACGGAUCAGCGCCGUACCUCACUCUGUUCCAGGGCGCAGAGGACAGAGCACAGAAGAGCAGUGCCCGCGUGAUCAUCAAGGACGAUUUAUUGAAUGUGUUGGCUAGAGACAAAAGAUACAAUAAGUCGAUAUUCACUAUAAAACACACUUAUCUGUAA